AUGUUCGCGUCCAUGAGAACUUACUACGGAUCAAGAACCAAGGUAAAUAAAUUAUACUGCGUAUUAUUUUUGUUAUAUUGAUUCAAAAAUUGAAAAAAAUUUUUGAUUCAAGUUCAUUCCAAAAAUAAAGAGACGUUCCAAUUUUUUUUGCAGAAUCGUUUGAAAAAGCUAGUAAAAAUAAAAAAAGUAUCAAGACUAAGCAACCCAGAAUACAACGAGCAAAAUCAUUCCUUCGAGACUUAAGCAAUAUUUUACACAAAAACCAGCGAAAAAUUAUCAUCGGAUUUUUUUAGGGGUAGAUAAAUUUGAGCCAAAAAACCCCUUCAAUUUUUUUUAAAUAAUUUUUUUGAUAACGUACAAAUGAAAUUUAUUUUCAGGAUUUAAAGCCCAUCGAAUGUCGUUUGGAGUCCAUCAAAUGCCUUCCUAUUGAAAGUUUUAAUAUUUUGAAAUACGUGCCCAUGAUCUUGGAAGGUCGAUCACCCUUUCCGCAUGUGCAUCGUCUCCGUCAGAUGAUUGCUCCUAUCAACAUUCACGAAUACUCUAAACAGGUAAAAAUUAUAGUUAUUUUUCCCAUUGUUAAGGGUAACCCCUCAACUUAAAAAAAAAGGAUUUUUAACUUUGGCUGGGAAAUUUUUUAAGAUCGAGAUUUGCUGCUCUGUAAAUAUUACAAAAUGGAGCAUUUACGGUGAGUAGGUAAUAAUUAGAUGAGAGCAGGCAACAAAAUAUUUCAAGUCCCACUAAAUUAAGAUCGCAGAAAAAAGGUUGCUUUCAUCAAGAAUCUUUUGAAAGCUAAAAAAAUUCUUGUUCAUUCAUUGAUAGCUAACCAACUUCACAAAAAUUCAUAAGACAACUAAAUCGCGAUAGUUAUGAAUUAAAAUGAACUAGAAAUAUAUUAUCGCAAAAUUUCAUAAAAACUGCAGUCAAUAACUUGAAAACUUUUUAGCACUAAAUAUUACAUAGAGACCUUUUAUCGAGAAUAUCCGGAGGAAUUGUAAUAUCUCUUCAAGUUUUGAACUGCAACCAUUAUCUGAGAAAAGCGAUUACUCAACAAAGAUUAUUUUUUCAGCUUCAAUCGUUGGAGGAAAUGCGUGCCCACGAAGAAUUCGUCGUUAGGUACACCGAAGGAACACGAAGAAAAGCGAUAGCCAAGAAAUCCUGGAAUUCUUUCGAUACCGACGAGCAUUUUGGUCAUCAUCCAGCCACAAGCCGUCCGCCGUGGCAAACUGAAGAGGAUUUCCAAAAAACCGUCCAUUGGCAGUUGGAAGCUGAGAUGAAGACGCAUUUCUUUUGCGACGGCGAAGAUGAGGUCAAAGCAGGCGACUCGGCCUCCGAACACUACCCUAAACCUUCUUAA